CAAAUGUCAAGUCAAACGUAAACGUCGAAAGUGCCUGUCUGUUAUUGCGACGAAUUGCGGGUGAAUUCAUUUCCCAGUUUCUUUAUAAAAUUAUUAAUUACGUUUAAAAAAAAACAGCCAAUAUAUUUUACUUCAAGAUCGUGAUUUAAUUAUUUACGAUGGAUGCUUUGUACGAAGAUUUAAGUAACUACGAAGACGUAAACGCCGUAGCAGAGCUACGUGAGGAAAACAAGGAGUUGAAAGUUAAGUUAGAAGAAUAUGCUAGUGCAAUGGAAAAGCUUCAAAAAUGUAUUUUGCAGGAUUAUGACAAGCUUGAGUUGGAGUUCAAGAUGUUGGAGCACAACUACUCAUCCUUGUUGAAAACUGCUCGCUCCGAAAUAGAGAGGAAAACUAACAUGAUAUCUCAGCUUAAUACUGAGAAAGACAUGAUGGUGUUGGAAGCUUUAAAGAGUGGCAAAAAAAUAAGAAGGAAUUUUAAAAACCCAAUGUUAAGCUCAAGCAGAGAGAGAGCACAGCAUGACAAUUGUAAAAAGGAGAGGGGCAAUGAUAAAUAUGUGAAGGAGGAACCAUCACAUAGGAGUUUUGAAAGAAAAGAAACAACAUCUCUCCCUGCCCAAGACAGGUUCCCUGAAUCUAGUACUUGCACUAGGAAUAGGUAUGAAAAAACUAGUGUCAAAGCAGAUUAUAGCGAUAGGGAAAAUAAUGUUAAAGAAAAUAUACCACACCAUAAGACUGAACACUAUGAUCCUCUUCAAGUACUGGCUGGAAGUAUUAAGAACAGGAGGAAAUCUAUGCCAGCUGCCAGUGCACACAGUGAUACACUAAGCCCAGAUGAGGAUUUUGAACGAAAUGUGAAAACCAAAGACACAAGAACUGAUAAUAGAAACUUGCAUAAAGCCUCUCUAGAUAGACAUAGCAAUAAGAUUGGAGAAUCAUCCCAUCUGGAUGAUAGAACUUACAAAUAUCAGAGUUCCAGUUCAAGGGACAUGUACAAAGGUAGAACAAGCAGAUAUGAUACUCCACCACACAGAGGCAGGGAAAACUAUGAAGUACCACCGAGAUACAGAAAACAUCCCAGCCCGGAGCGUGUACACAAGAGACUACACAGAGAUUAUCAAGAUGACUAUUACAGACAAGAACAAAGAAGAUAUCAGGGGAGAUCCUUUGAAAGUCCACCUAACUCUCACAGCCGACAUUGGCAACGAUUGUCAGAUAAUCGAGCUAAUUAUGAGAAGCAAUCUUAUGAACAAAACAAGCAAAGGCAUCAAUAUGAAGACAAACAAAAUUCUACUAAAUAUAGACAAUCAAGUGAAUGUGAUGAACCACAGCCCAAGAGACAGAGGACAGAACAUCUUGCUCAUUCUGAUACUAAUAUCAAAGAAGAUAGGAGGCAUCCAGAGAAUCAGCCUAUAUGUACACAACCCAUGCCAGCUUUUUCUCCUCAUGAAUAUGAUAGCCUUCGUUUCUCCUGUCAGUCCCCAGAUUCUGUGCACAUGGAAUCAGCUAUUCCACAUCCUGUUAAAGAGAUCAUGGCUGUCGCUGCAAUACCACUAGAAGAUCCACGACUCUCGAGUUUAAAAUAUGUUGUUGUUAAAGAAAAUGGCGAGGACAGAUUAUCAACAAAUGUUGGUCUGAAUGUUGAUCUUAAACCAAUUGAUAGAAGUUAUUAUGAUGUUCCUCCUGUUAAUGUUCCAGCUGCAUUAGAGCGUCGCCCUUCGACUGACAGUUUUAUUAGCGACAUCUAUCGUGACGUCGAUAAUCCAAUUACAAAUAUUAAUACUUCGUUUGAAUCAGGAGAGGUUCGUGAAACUGAUAAUGAAUAUCAUGACAUCUACGACAGACCAAAACCAAGCAAAUAUGAAACACAACAUAAGCAAGACGAAAAUGACUUUCCAAAGCAAUCACUAAAUGUAGAAAAGCCCAGCCACGAUAACUACGUUAUCCCAAAAAUAGGUCAAAAUAGAAAUACAUCACACAACAAAGAUGUUCCUAUUAAGCAUUCAUGUGAGACUGUCUCGCAAAGUAAAAAUAUUCAGAAAAAAGGUGCAGCAGAAGUUUCUCUCCCAAAGAAAUCAUUCAGCAGUGAAAAUAAAAGUGAACAACAACCUGCAAGUUUACCUAAUAACAGCAUUCAAAGAGAAAAUCAAAGUCAAGUAAUGCUCAAUAAAAUGGCUAUCGUUGCCAACGAUUUAGAGCUCAGUGAUGAUACCAGUGAUAAUGUUGACGUACACAAACAUGUGGAGCAAGAAAAAGUUGAGAAAAGUUAUAAAUCUUUGACAAAUAUCAACAAAAAAGAGAAGGAAAGUGAAAGCCUCGCGCCAUCGUUUAAUGUAACGACUAACCCAGUAGACGAUGUGAAAACGAAAAAUACUCCAGAUGAUGUAAAUAGAGAAUUAGAAAGUGUAAAGAAGCAAAAGGGCAAAAAAUCAAAAGGGAAGUCUAAGUCUAAAGAUUCACCCAAAGAUUCUGCUGAGAGUUUGGAAGCCAAAUGUCAUUCUGAAAAGAAGGUGCGGUCUAAAAAAGAUAAAGAUAUAAAACCUAAAAAAACUAAAGAAAAGUUUAGUGAUCUUUUUGGUGAUAGUAACAGUUUAGUCACUCCGGAAGAUUUAGGGAUACCUUCAUAUGUACCUAUUUCUGAAGACGCACAAGACGCGGUUGAUAUUAACAUCAACAAAGCCAUUGACGCUUCUCCACUUCGGAUAGACAAAGAAGAAGUUCCGCUUGUGCAAACGCAAACCCCUAUAGAAAUGAAAGAAACAACUACAGUUAGUAACGUUUUAAAGGAAGCAGAGUCGAAAGAAAAUCACAAACUUCCUUCUCCUAUUGUAUAUGAAAACCUAAAUCCUGGUAUCGAUUCAAACGAUACAGAUGUUGUUAAAACAGUUAUAAUUUCGACAGGAGUGCAGCCCGGGAUCUGUAACGCAAACACACAAGUGAUUAGAAAUCCGGCAGAUCACUCUAUGCCUACAGAUGUGAUCUCAAAACCAACUGCUUUAGAAUAUAAAAAACACGAUGUGUUAAAAGCCUUGGCCACAUCUACACCUCAAAAAGAAUUUACAGAUAAAACCUCAAAGGAAACUGAUGAUGGAACAAUGGAUUCUGCUAGUAAGUCUGAUGUGGUCAAAGCAGUUUUAACUAUAUCUAAUGCAGAGCAAGUAACCAAACAAAAUGAGGUAAAUAGUUUAGAUUCUCAAGAUGCUCCUGAUGUUAGAAUAUUUAUGAAAAGGCGCAGAAAGGUUAUAAAACGUCCACCGAACGCGAUGACUUAGUACAUAAAUACGUUAGAAGUAAAGAAGGACUGAAGUAGAUCAACCUAGAAUAUCUGGUUAAGAAGCUUGUUUAGCGCUAACUUGCAACCCGGUACAGACAGUGCGUAGGCGCAGAGAGAUAAGUUGUAAAGUUACCAGAGUAUUUAAGAUCAGAUGGUCUUAUAUUUAUAAACUUACGAGUUUCAUAAAUUAUGUUUGAUUUCUAUUUUUUUCUAUGGUUUGAUCAGACUGAGAUUUUAUGUAAAUAUUAUUUUAAGCAUUUCACCACCAUGCAUAAACUUUUUGCUGGACGUGAUUGAACUACUCCGUAAAAUUUCGUAAGUUAUAUUUUUAGUAGGUGCUCAACCUAAUCUUAAGUUUAUAAAAAACAAAUAAAUACCUUGUUUAGUGAAAUUUGAGUGCAGUUUUUGUUGUUGUCAGUAUUUUCCCGCUUCCACGAACUGGUCUAUCCGAUUGAGGAUUAGUUUCGUUUUAUAUUUUUAAAUAUC